AUGGCGCCGCUCGCACCCGGGAGGCCAGCAGCCUGCCUCCUGGCCCUUCUCUCCGUCGUCACGGCGCUAUCCCUGGCGGCGCCGGGCUUGGCGGCGGGGAAGACCGGCCAGGUGACGGUGUUCUGGGGCCGGAACAAGGCCGAGGGGUCCCUGCGCGAGGCCUGCGACUCCGGCAUGUACACCAUGGUCACCAUGUCUUUCCUCGACGUCUUUGGCGCCAAAGGAAAGUACCACCUCGACCUCUCCGGCCACGACCUCUCCGCCGUCGGCGCCGACAUCAAGCACUGCCAGUCCAAGGGCGUCCCCGUCUCCCUCUCCAUUGGCGGCUACGGCACCGGCUACUCGCUCCCGUCCAACCGCUCCGCGCUCGACCUCUUCGACCACCUCUGGAACUCCUACUUGGGCGGGAUCUACGAGGAGAGCGACAAGGCGUGCAACCAGUACGGGGCGUGGGAGGAGGCGUGGGACAGGUGGACGGCGGCAUACCCGGCCACCCGGUUCUUCAUCGGGCUCACCGCCGACGAGAAGUCGUACCAGUGGAUACACCCCAAGAACGUCUACUACGGCAUCACGCCGGUGGUGCAGAAGAAGGACAACUACGGCGGGGUCAUGCUCUGGGACCGAUACUUCGACAAGCAGAGCGACUACAGUAGCUACAUCAAGUACUACGCCUGA